AUGUCUAUAGCUUCAGGUGUUUGUAAAACAUUAGCCGCUAAUCGCCGGUAUAAGUCAUCAGACAGAAAUGUUGGAUCAAUUUCUGGGUUUAAAGGUAUUGGAGAUUAUGAUAGUUCACUGAAUAUGAUUCUGUAUUCAUGUGGUCACCACAGAAGUCCACUAUUAGACUCAUAUACAGCUCAGGGAGAGUUUGAUUGUUCAGACUUUAUCAGUCUUCCCAAAGAAUUGAAACCCUGUUUAACAAAAUUCAUGAUUAAUAUUAAUAAUAAGGAUUUGUGUAAUGGACUAGAAUUUAGGGAUAAUAGUGGUCUGACUAUCGGUGCUGAAGACUCUAAAUAUUUUAUAUAUUUUGUUCAACGAUUGGAUAACGAUAGAGAUAAUAGUGAAAAAACUAUGGGUACAAAUAGUUUGCGAGCAUAUCAUACAAAUAUUAAUACAAUCAAUAAUGAGCUAGAUCAUAUAAUAGUUGGGGUGCAUCCAUCAAUUUUUGGUGUACUCAUACCACCAAAAACAACCAAUUUUCUAAAUGUGGGUCAUUGUAGCUCUAAAUGUUUUAAUCAGAAAAUUCCUGAAAAAGGUUUGACUAUUAUGGGAGUACAGCCACACGUACACACAUCGGGCACUAAAAUUAAAAUUAGACACUUUCACGAUAAUAAUGAAUUGGAUGUUAUCUUAUAUGUCGAUCAUUAUAAUGAAUCGACUAAUAAAUACUAUAAACCCAUACAUAGAGUCCAGUUCAAGGAAAACGAUACGCUAUCAGUUGAAUGUCUAUUUAACAAUGAUUUGGAUAAUGAAACCAGAGUUACACUGACAGGUAAAUUUGAUCAUAAUUAUGGAGAUAUGUGUUAUGCAUACAUUUAUUAUUAUCCAAAAAUCAAUGUGACAUCAAAUAUUUGUUCAAGUAUGAAUGAUGAACAAACUAUACUAGAUAUAGCCGACAUCAAUGAACUAUCAGGAUACUGGAAUAGCCCGGAGCCAAUCAUACGACGACCUAUUUAUCUAAAUAAUACACGACUUGAGGAUCAUUUGCGUAGAAAAAUCUAUUACAGGGAUGACAUCCAACAGUUGUUACGAUUGUCCCCUAAAAGAAUCCGAUGCGAUAUUAUUCCGCAAAAAACUGAGUCAAGUCAUUUGGCAUAUAUUAAUUAUCCUGAUAGAUUUGGUAAAUAA